CUGCUUUCACUCCACUUCUGGCGUUCUGAGGUUUUAAGAUGCCUGAGCCAGCCAAGUCCGCUCCCGCCCCGAAGAAGGGCUCCAAGAAGGCGGUGACCAAGGCGCAGAAGAAGGACGGCAAGAAGCGCAAGCGCAGCCGCAAGGAGAGCUACUCGGUGUACGUGUACAAGGUGCUGAAGCAGGUGCACCCCGACACCGGCAUCUCGUCCAAGGCCAUGGGCAUCAUGAACUCGUUCGUCAACGACAUCUUCGAGCGCAUCGCGGGCGAGGCGUCGCGCCUGGCGCAUUACAACAAGCGCUCGACCAUCACGUCCCGGGAGAUCCAGACGGCCGUGCGCCUGCUGCUGCCCGGGGAGCUGGCCAAGCACGCCGUGUCCGAGGGCACCAAGGCCGUCACCAAGUACACCAGCUCCAAGUAGACUCGCCAAGAGCUGAUGGGCUGCAGACAUCUUUUCCCACCACUGCUCACUGCUAACCACCGCGGCAUCUCUCACGUAAAACAACAA